AUGGCCGCCGCGACCUCGAAGCCCCCCACGCUCGAUCUAGAUGCGCUGAUUCAGAGUCUCCCCGCAUGCAAGCGAUGCCGAGAGUGUCGCCGCGGAUGCGAUACCUUAUUGCCCAAGUGCAGGCAAUGCACCAAAGCCGGCGUGGAAUGCAUGUUCUACGACCACGGGCGCAAUCAGCUGCUACCGCGAAGCUACAUCAGCGAGCUAGUAGAUCGUGUGCGCAAUUUGUCCAGUGGCCAUGGGUCGCCAGCGACAUCCGGCGGGCUCACGGACAAUGGCGCCUUUGCUACACACGUCAAAACAGAAUUCAUCGCUUCUGAAGUUCCUCGAUACGAACAUCACUUCGCCGAAGCGGGAAACAGCUAUCGAUACCUUGGCGCUGAAUCCUGCCUUCUCAAAUCCCCCAGACUACACACUGCGCACGAAAAUCGUGCCGUGCAGACUGACGAAGAGCUUGACGACUGGCACUACAGCAACAAAGAUUCGCCCGAGAAGCAGUAUGAGCUGGUGCAACUCUAUCUCGAAACUGUGCAACCUAUAUAUCCAAUCCUGGAUUCAUCGCUCCGUUAUCUCGGACCUGACGUACCUGAUGACCUAACGGACACCGAGAAGUUCUCGUUGUAUAUGAUAUAUUCCAUAGCAUGCUACAUACUUCCCAACACUCGUAAAAAGCAACCUCCUGAUACUUGCUGGAACCCUAGGGGUAGGCUCACAUACCACCAGGCCAAUUCCAUUAGAUACCGGGCCCUCGCCACUCAGUACUUUGCAGAUGCUAUGGAACACCUCGAGUUAGCAACGAUGGAGCCAAACAUCGACACCAUCCGAUCGGUUCUACUACUCGCUAUCAAUAGCUCAUUUGACCCAAUAGCUGGCAACAUUGGCCAGCAAAUAGCUCUCGCAGGCCGUCUUGCAUUCGACCUUGAGUCAAAAAGAGCGUUACAAGAGCUGGAUCCCGACGAUGUCCAACUACUGCGAGCCAUGCACAUGACCAUAUUCUGCCUUGAGAACCAGAUUGCAUCUACACUGGAUAGACCUGCAUUGUUUCCGGAGCCGGAUGAAGAAAUGUGUUUUGACAAAGAGAAGCCCGCGGAAUACCUCUGCUCAUUGUAUCGCAUGCAAAAUCGCUUCCGCAAAGGCGACCACAUCGCCAAGGAGAACGUCAAGAAGCUGUUACCGCUAUUUGACGAGAGAGACGAGCUGCUCCCUGUCAUACGCAUUACCUUACACAUAACACACUUGUUGCUGAAUCCUUGUUGGGGGAGUGCAUGGCAUGUGCUAGAGGCUGUAGUGAGUUUCGGCGGCAUCCAUGUCUUCGUCACGCCACAUUGGGUAUACCGAGCAGGCACAGUGCUCAUACAGAACAUGCCGGCAAUCUUUGGUGGGAACCUUAUCCAGUUGUACUCCAACGCGCUCCUCGUUCUCGAGCUCUCUUCCUGGAGGUGGCCAAGCUCCGCUGCCCUCUCAGCCUCCCUAGUCGAUCUCAUGCAACACAUGAAAACGAAGUAUAGACCAGACUGGUCCGACAAACUUCAACAAGGCGACAUGUCCUCUAGUUCCGCCGCGGAGAAUAUACGACAGACUCAAGCCCGGGGUCAAGGAGACAUCGAAAUCGUUCAUUCCAGGUCCCGAGAAUUGCCUCUCACUCCCCAGUCCUGA